UCAGAGAAGGAUGACAAUGAAAAGGUGGGCGAAGAGGACGAGGAAUUGCCCAAAAAGAGAGGGCCCAGGAAGAAGGCGAUGACCAAAGCAAGGAUUGAGCGAGUCAAAGUGAGGAGAACAGAGGCGAAUAUGCGAGAAAGAAACCGGAUGCACGGUCUGAACAAUGCCCUGGACAACCUUCGCAAAGUUGUCCCAUGUUAUUCCAAAACACAGAAACUAUCCAAGAUAGAAACUCUGCGCUUAGCUAAAAACUACAUUUGGGCCCUAUCUGAGAUCCUACGCAUUGGCAAGAGACCCGAUCUGCUUACCUUCGUACAAAGUUUGUGCAAGGACUUAUCCCAGCCAACUACCAACCUCGUUGCUGGUUGUCUGCAACUCAAUACCAGAAACUUACUGUUGGAUCAAAGCGGAGAUGGAGCUCAUAUUGCGAGAUCCCAAUUUUCCUCCACCCUCUAUACAUAUCAAAACCCAGAUCUGGGUAGCCCCUCGGCACCGAGUUCGAUGGAUAGCUCCUCAAAGUCCAUGAAACCUUACAGCUACUGUGGUGCUUACGAGUCUUUCUACCAAAACGCAUCUCCAGAGUGUGCGAGCCCACAAUUCGAAGGUCCCCUAAGCCCUCCAAUUAACUUUAAUGGGAUUUUCUCCCUGAAGCAAGAAGAUCCAUCUGACUACGUGAAGAAUUAUCACUAUGGCAUGCAUUAUUCCGCCGUGCCAGCCAGCCGUCCCUUCGGACAGAGCUACAUGUUCAGCCCAGCCAUGCGAUGUGUGAUGCCCACAGACAGUACAUUUCCUUACGAUUUCCAUCUGCGCGACGAGUCGCUUUCGAUGCAGGACGAAUUAAAUGCGGUUUUUCAUAAUUAA